AUGAUGGCAGAAGUUAGACCCCGAACAACGACAAGAAAAAGGCUGCCUCGAUUAACCUCGAGCGGAGGGUCGGACCUUGUGGUCAUUCCAUACGACCAGCAUGAAGAACCAACUCCAAUACUUCAAAAUACUAUCAAUGAAUGUAUUCUGCCCGAUAAUGGUGGUAUUAUAGAUGGAUAUGAACCUAUUUAUCUUGAUAACGAGACGGAUGUGAAUUUAAUAGAUGGACUAAUGGUCGUACCAGACCAUGCAACGGGUAUUGAUGGGUUACCUAUAACGCCUAUCGACACGUCUCCUUCUCAUACAGAUGUUAUGUCCAUUGGAGCUGUACUUUCUAAUUCACAGCCUACGGAGUUGAGUCUUGAUAAUGGUGAUACUCUGGGGGAAAUCGAGGAAGUCAGCACACCUGUUGCUGAGAAAAGUCAGCCUAAAUCACGUAAGGAGAGCAAGUCCAAAGCCGACUCUCAGAAGAAGAGCAAAUCAAGCCAAGGAAGUUCUCAAAAUAUGAACCAAGCCAAGUCUCGAAGCCAGAAACGAAGUCAAAGUCAGAACCAAAUCGUCGAGAAUAUUGCUCUAGAGGAAGAGGAAAAUGAGGUCAAGGAAGCAGAGAAAACAGAAGAAAAUCAGGAAGUUAUAAAGAAACCCAAAUCGUUACCACGUCGUCCACGACCCUUUGAUCUUGCUUCUCCAUGUACACCUAUUCACUCUUCAGCAAUUAGACGACCCCAGUCUGCUCAGAAUUCUCCUCUGGGAAUCAAUAAACGUCUAAAAACCGACCCGCUGUCAACGAUUACAAAACCAUUCAGAGUGCCCACUAAAAGUGCUAUUAAUGCCAACCGUCCAUUUUCACGUAGAGAUGAUUUGUCUCGAAGUGCAUCUCGAAAAAUUAAGAGCUAUGCUGAGAUCGAAAAUAUAGAGACUGAGCAAUUCAAUAAAGAAAUUGAGCAACCUGCUUCCCCUUAUACUCCAGGAGGCGGUAUUAAAAGAUUAGGUACGAAAGUGGAUCCAGCACUUAAGAAUUCGAUUGAUGCUUCAGACAUGAUUCUUGGUCGGAGGUUUAUCACGCCAUUAAAGGAGAAGCCGCUUAACAUGGGACCAUCUGCUGCGCUAGGUAUGAAGCGACGACAUGAGUUUGUGCCUCGACCACUUCAUGAUCCCAGUGGUGAGUUUGCUAUUGUUCUUUUUGACCCUACUAUUGACGACGAGCCUGUUGAAGAGAUUGACCCAAAUAAGAUUGUUGAAGGCAGCGAAGAUGAGAAUCUCGGCGAAACUGAAGUAACACCUGUGGCACCCACGACUCCUUCUAAGCCCAGUCUUGCUGAUAUUUUAGGACUGUCCAAUGAGAAGAAAAAAGUCUACCCCAAGGUACCAGUUGUUAUUGAUCCUAGACUGGCCAAGAUUUUACGUCCUCAUCAAGUUGAAGGUGUUAAAUUCCUGUAUAAAUGCGUUACUGGACGAGUACAGAAGGAUGCUAAUGGAUGCAUUAUGGCAGAUGAAAUGGGUCUUGGUAAAACGCUUCAGUGCAUUACAUUAAUGUGGACUCUUCUCAAGCAGUCACCUGAGGGAAAUGGAGGCACCAUCAGUAAAUGUAUUGUUGUGUGUCCUUCAAGUUUAGUCCGAAAUUGGGCGAAUGAGCUUGUGAAGUGGUUAGGAGAAGGUGCUAUAACUCCCUUGGCGGCUGAUGGCAAGAGCGUAAAAAAUGCCGAUCUCAGUGCUGCUUUACGUCAAUGGAGUACAGCCAGUGGACGGCAAAUUGUUCGACCAGUUCUAAUCAUCUCCUAUGAGACUCUUAGACGUCAUUGUGAUGAUCUUCGUAAUACUGAGAUUGGACUUCUUUUAGCCGAUGAGGGACAUCGUCUGAAGAAUGGCGAAUCUUUGACAUUCACAGCCCUUGAUGCACUUAACGUUCAACGAAGAGUCAUUCUGUCUGGUACUCCCAUUCAAAAUGAUCUUUCGGAAUAUUUCUCUCUCCUAUCGUUUGCUAAUCCUGGACUCCUGGGAACAAGGCUCGAGUUCCGUAAGAAUUAUGAAAAUGCCAUUCUUAAGGGUCGUGACUCGUUUGCUACGGAAGAAGAAGUGACAGAUGGUGAAACCAAACUCAAAGAACUCUCUCUACUGGUCAGCAGAUUUAUCAUCCGCCGAACGAACGAUAUAUUGUCCAAGUAUCUUCCUGUGAAGUAUGAGCAUGUUGUAUUCUGCAACAUGACCGAGUUCCAAAUUAAUCUCUACAACAAAUUCAUCGCCUCCCCCGACGUGAAAAAGGUAAUCAAGGGAAGCAAAAACAAUCCUUUAAAGUCCAUCGGUAUCCUCAAGAAGCUAUGUAACCACCCAGAUCUUCUCGACUUGUCAAGAGACAUACAAGGAGCUGAGGACGUUCUGCCAUCCGAUUAUGUUCAUCCAAGUCACCGUGGAGGUCGUGAUCGGGGUGUUCGGACAUUGUAUUCAGGUAAAUUUAUGGUUUUGGAAAGGAUGCUCGCGCGUAUUCGUUACGAGACGAAUGACAAAAUUGUCAUCAUCAGUAACUACACACAAACUUUGGAUCUUAUUGAGGCAAUGUGUAGAGAAUCAAGAUAUGGCGCAUUCCGACUCGAUGGUAAAAUGGCAAUCAGUAAACGUCAAAAGUUGGUUGAUAAGUUUAACGACCCUGAAGGAAGUGAGUUUGUCUUUCUUCUUAGUAGUAAGGCCGGUGGAUGUGGUAUCAAUCUGAUUGGCGCCAAUCGUCUCAUUCUUAUGGAUCCCGAUUGGAAUCCUGCGGCAGACCAGCAAGCCCUAGCAAGAGUAUGGCGUGAUGGCCAGAAAAAGGACUGUUUUGUCUACCGGUUUAUCUCUACAGGGUCUAUUGAGGAGAAGAUUUUUCAGCGACAGUCUAUGAAGCAGUCUUUAUCAUCAUGUGUAGUCGACGAGGCUGAGGACGUCGAGCGUCUUUUCUCUUUUAAUGAUUUGAAGAAGCUUUUCUCUUUUGACGGUCAUACACUGUCAGACACCCAUGACACUUUUAAAUGUAAACGAUGCAAAGACAACCGUCAAGUCGCCAAAGCCCCAGCAAUGCUGUACGGAGAUGCCACGACCUGGAAUCAUUUCACCAAACCAGAGUUGGAAAACAUCCAAGAUCUGUUGCUGAGACAAGAAUUAACAGAAGAAAUCGUCAGUUUUGUGUUCCAGUACAUUUCUCACUAA